AUGGAAAAUAGUAACAGCCUGAAAAGCUUGGAAACAAUACUCUGUCAACCACAGAUUGUCCAGCGACUUCUGGGCUACCUAACACUGGACGAGUGGUUGAAAUUCGUCAGUGCCUUCCCUAGGUGGAACUACAGCUUCCCUCACGAAAUCCUGCUCUCCGAGAACGGAUCUCCCCUCCUCCUCUUCCUCCUUCGCCGCCGUCUCACCAAGCACAUACACACUUUGCGCCUCACCAGCCCUGGACCCAUCGCUCAAGGCGGUGCAGUGGGGAGCAUUCACAAGUGCAUCCUCUCCAACCCUUCCGCCUUCGUUUGUUUAGAACGCCUCGAUCUCAGUGUCCAGAUGCAACCGAUCGACCGUCUGCUGGCGAUUUUUGCAGCUCCUGCCUUUCCCCACCUUCGCUAUCUCUCCGUUCGGCCCACGGAACCAGACUGUGGGCAGAAUCCUGUCUGUGUAGCGCCUCUUCCCGUCUUUGCGCCACCGCAACUCGAAGUGAUGAAAUGCCAUUUAAUAGGCUUCCUAGCCGAUGAUAGAGAAGAGUAUAUUCCAGCUCUGUUACAGGUCAUGCAGAACGUCGUUAAUUUGACAGUUUGUGAACGAAUGAUCGGUGCAACGCCAUGGCUGCAGUACUUGCGACGAGUCGGUCCUUUUGCCAAUCUUGAAACUCUUCAAAUUCACGCUAAGAGUGAUCUUCUUAAGGCUCUAAACGAGAUGCUCUUUAGUGAGGAGUGGUCCUUCUUCCCCAAACUGAAAUCUGUCAACAUAAGCACUGUUUCGAGGUCGAGAACAUCCAUUCCAUUCAAAAACGGCUUCUUUCGUCCUCUGGAAAUUGACUUUUCUAAUUUCGGUCAACCGAUGGAGAUCUCUUCCACGCUUCCAACCAACGAAGCUAUCCAAGUCGGUCGAAGGGCUUUUAUUGGGAGGGGUCUGAUCAUGUUAGAACUUAUCUUUCUUCCAGAUAACAUCAACCUCUCUAGCUCAACAACUUUAGCAGUUUUGAAUCAGUUCGGUCAUAUGGUGGAAACCCUAAUUAUCACCGUGCAACACACUGUCGUUCCUGAAAGUUCGACCGAAUACCUUGCUUUUUUGAAAAGGUUUAAAACACUCUGUCACCUCUAUCUCUUUCCUAUCAUAAAGCUCACUUCCCGUUCACUAAAGGUGAUUGAACUUCCUGUCGAACUGAUCGAUUCCAGGGAUGUGGACAGUGAGUUUGAAGCUCUUCUAGUCUAUCACCGAGGCUACUUUUCAUCAGUAAAGUCUGUCUCUAUCACAUCUCCCACUGCUUUUGCCUUUUGCAAUCUUUCUCAGUGGCACUCAUGUCAUUGUCUAGAUAAUAUUCCACACACUCAACCCCUCAAGAACGUCUGCGGUCUCUUCCUUAACCUUGAAGAACUUUUCAUUACUUCGGACAGUCACCUUGAUCCCGAAGAUCUUCAAGAAGCUGUGGAACUGUGCCCGGAGCUAAAACGCCUCUACAUUAAUAGAUGGCCCAUUUCCGAGGAAGCCUAUGCAAUGGCCACUCAAGAAAUUCUCUCCGCUCGCAAUUUGGAGGUCCUGUGUCUACUUGUAGACUCCCUUCGAAUUCGCAGUAGCUCCUGUGAACACCUACUGUAUCCACGCUCAUGGACACUGAAGUACCUCUACAUUGAUUGCAUCUACCAACCAUGCCUAAGCAAGGAGGAGCUGAGUAGAUUAGCCAAACGAAUUCCCAACGCGAGAUGGAUCACGAUCGCGAAUAGGGAGACCUCUCGCUGUUUGGAGUUUCGUCGAAGCAGAACUGCAGAAACCAUUUCUGAGAUGCGAUUGGACUCGGGUCGUCGAGGCAAAGAGCCGAGAGCUUUUGCGCCAGAACUCUACGAUGUGGUGUGGAAGGGGGAGGAGAAGAUGAAAUACUUUAUCGCAGAGUGGUGUCAUUCUUGUGAGGCCUAG